AAAUUCUUCAUUAUUGUUUUCUCCAAGAACUAUGCGUCUUCAUCUUGGUGCUUGAAUGAGCUUCUAAAGAUAAUGGAGUGUCACAAGACAACAGAGCAUACUGUUUACCCCGUAUUCUAUGAUGUGGAACCCUCUGAAGUCCGCAAUCAGAUCGGGGCAGUUGGAGAAGCAUUUGCCAAACAUGAAAAUGAAGAGGUUGCUGGGAAAUGGAGAAAGGCUUUGAAAGAAGUAGCUGAUGUGGCCGGGUGGGAGUUGAAGAACACUGAUGGGCAUGAAGCAAAAUUCAUCCGACAAAUUGUUGAAAAGCUUUCACUAGAGUUACGCGCCAUCAAUGUCCGCAUCGAUAAAAAUUUAGUAGGCAUGGAGACUCGGAUCAACGAUAUUAUAUCAUCUUUAGGAACUGCUUCGGAUGAUUUCGAAGGCAAAAGCUUUAUUGAGAAUGUGAGGGAAGUUUCAAAAGCUUCUUUGAAUUCCUUACAAAGUCAAAUCCCUUUAAAUGGUGGAAAGGUUCUUCUUGUUCUAGAUGAUGUGGAUUGUAUGGACCAGCUUGAGGCGUUAGCUGGUGACCCUAGUUGGUUUAAGCCUGGAAGUAUAAUUAUCAUUACGACAAGAGACGAGCAAGUGUUGGUAGCACAUGGAGUGAAAUUGAUUCAUAAUGUCAAUCUGUUAUCAGAUAAGGAAGCAAUUUGGCUCUUUAGUAGGUAUGCAUUUGGGAAAGAGAUUCCAGUUCAAGGAUACGAAGAGCUAUCAAGACAAGUUGUAUGUUAUGCUGCUGGUCUUCCAUUGACGAUCAAAGUUUUGGGUUCAUUUCUCUGUGGUAAAAGUAAGCCUGAAUGGGUAGAUGCGCUAGCCAGACUAAAAACAAUCCCGUUAGAGGAAACUCAGAAGAAGUUGGAAUUAAGCUAUAUCAGUCUAGAUGAAGAACAUAAGGAAAUAUUCCUGGAUGUUGCAACCAUCUUAAAAGGUUGGCUGAAAAACUCAGCUAUCGGAGCACUUGAAAGCUGUGGAUUUUAUGCUAGAAUUGGUUUAAGAGUUCUUGAGCAAAAGUCUCUCAUAACUAUUGAUGAUGAUGAGUGUUUGGGCAUGCAUGACCAUUUAAAAGAAAUGGGCAGGAAUAUUGUUCGUCGUUCGCACCCCGAUAUGCCUAACAAACAUAGCCGGUUGUGGGAUGGCAAGGAAAUUGAAGAUAUAUUGGCUAAUGACAUGGGUACAAAAGCAACAAGAUGUAUGAAAUUCUACUAUAGGGGACUGGAUCGGCAAAUCAUUAUGAAAGGUCUUAGAAAGAUGACAGAACUUUGGUUUCUUGAUGUGGCUGAUCAAGAAUUUUACUCGAAUCGGGAUAUUAAUAAAAUCAUCCCCAACUUUCUAAAUGCUUUAGGAUUUCUUUGUUGUAAUUGGAAAUUUAAUGAAGUUCACCCCUACUUUCCAGAUGCUUUACGAUAUCUGCGAUGGGAUGGGUACAAUUUUAGUUAUUUACCCAAAACAUUUCAAGCAAAUAAUCUUGUCUCACUUGAGAUGUCUUACAGCGAUAUCGUACAACUUUGGGAAAGGGGAGAAAAAAAGGUUCUUAACAAGCUUCGAUUCCUUCACCUCCAUGGUAAAAACUUGAGGACCUUUGACCUUGGGUUGACUCCAAAUCUUGAGACAUUGACGCUGGUCAAACAUGUACAUGGACCUGGACCUGGUGGUUUGGUAGAACUUCACAUGCCCGGUGAAUAUCUUAAACUCAGAUCCCUCAACAUUUAUGGUGUAAAGUUGAGGAUGUUUGACCUUGGGUUGACUCCAAAUCUCGAGAAGUUGUGGCUUAGUGGUGGUGAUUUGGUAGAACUUCACAUGCCCCAUACAUGUUUAAAUCUCAUAUCCCUCCAUCUCUCCCUUUCAAACUUGAGGACCCUUGACAUUCGGUUGACUCCAAAUCUCGAGGAUUUAGAUGUUGCAAAUUGUAAUGAUUUGGAAGAACUUCACAUGGCUGAUGAAUGUUUAAAGCUCAGAUCCCUCCACCUUGUUGGAUUAAAGCUGAGGACGCUUGACAUUGGGUCAAGUCCAAAUCUUAAGAGGCUGGAUCUUCAUGGUUGCAAUGAUUUGGAAGAAUUUCACAUUGCCGAAUCUCCAAUGCUCACAUUCAUCAAGAUUGAGUGUUUAAAGUUGAGGACCCUUGAUCUCAGUCUAGUUCCGAAUCUCAAUCAGUUGUUUCUUUCUGAAUGCAAAAGUUUGGUGGAACUUCACUUGCCUAGUAGAUGUAUAAAUCUCGACACCCUACAAUGCAUUGAUUUAAAGUUGAGGAUCCUUGACAUUGGGCUGACUCCAAAUCUCAGUGCUUUAUAUCUUAAAGAUUGUUAUGAUUUGGAAGAACUUCAACUGGUCGAUCAAUGUCAAAAGCUUGUAUCCCUCAAAAUUAGUCAUUCAAAGUUGAGGACCCUUGACCUUGGGUUGACUCCAAAUCUCGAGAAGUUAAAUCUUAGAGGGUGUUAUAGCUUGUUAGAAGUUCACGCUCCUGUUGAAUGUCUAAAAAAUAUUGUCGCCUUAGACUUGACUUCUUGUUUGGGGUUUUCAUCCCUUUCGUUUUACAAAUUAGAUGAUAGUAGAGGGAAUGAAUUAGUUGAAGGUGAUGCUUUAGCUGUGUUACAUUUUACCUUACAAAGUUGCCCAUUUCACCCCGAAAAUCAUUUGCCAGAGUUUGAGUUUAAAUCUUUUCAUAAAGAGGAUUUACUCUCGUUGACUAGAAGUAUUGAGAAGCUUAUUUCUGAUGGUCCAUGUGCUUGCACAAAACUUGAGAAUUUUUCAAGAAGCAUUUGUGAGUUAAAGAAAGCUUAA